UACAUUCAUGCAACAUGAAGUAUAAUGAAAUAGUUAUAGAUCAGUUUCAAUAGCCAAUUAUUGUUCAAGGUGUAUUUUAUCACUUUUCUGGAGACUUUAAAACGAUUGAGUUUAUUUAUGUUCCCGGCGAAAUGAAUUUUUCAUUUAUAGUUGCCCUGACACUUUAUCUACCAAUAUCAAACGGUUUUCUAACAGUUCCAAAAUGCCUGAUAUCUACUGGAGCCAGAAUAAAAGAUUUGCACAAUUUAGCUACCGGAGAUAGUUUACCAGAAAGUUCAAGAUGUUUUGUUAAAUGCGUCGGCGAAGAAUCAGGGUUGAUUCUUGAUGGGACCUUACAUUCCGAGCACUUCGAAGCCCUUCCAAUGGUGUCACGGUUAAAGGCCGACGUUUUCGUCGAUGCUAGAAGGUGCAUUGAAAGCGUCCAGGGUUUAAAAAUCGAAUCAUGCAAAGAUAUAGACAACCUAAAUGAUUGUAUGAAAAUAGUAUACCGGCAAAAAUAUUCAGACUCAAAAUAACUUUUCCAAUAACGAAGGUUUACUCAUAGUUAUGUUUAAUUGGGAGCAUUAAAAACAUAUUAAAAUUAUAAA